GCUAUGGCCUGACGUUCCAUUAUUAUGUUGGUAUUUUCUUCAUACACAGCAUAUUUCAUGAUAAUCUUAAAGAAAUAUUCACUAUAUAUGUGAGGUGUGGUGUAAAUGCACUCUGAGUGUACAACCUGUACAUCAUCUACAUCUGAUUUUCAACCAGAGAUGAUAGGAGAAAGAUGAUUUCAGAAGACAGUGAAAGGAUGAAAUUAUUUUUCAUUUUCAGAAACAACCAGAGGGGGGCAGCAAAAUCUCAGUUUCAAAUAUAUUCUUUACACACUGAAGUCCCAAUGCUGUCUCGAACUGUAUGGUAUGAAUUUUUGUGUAACUAUUGUUUAUCCACAACUUUAAAUAAUAUUCAAAGUCUGCUUUUUUAUUUUUUGUGGUGCUUAACUUUUUCCUUUCAAAUGAUUUUACAAUCUGCAGAGUUAUUAUUUGAUGCAUUAAUCAUUUUGGUUUUAAUGUAAGCAGAGUGAAAUAACUGCAACAUACACUGUCUGCAUGUAUAAUAAGCUUACUAAACUCAAAUUUCUUGGUCAUGUAGACUCAGAGGACAAAUACAGGGUUAGUACUUCCUACACAUAACAACCAAAGUGCCACACACACACACACGGCUGUAUGCAGUCAGUAAGUUGUGGCCUUGUAUUGAAAUUGAAAUACCGUGGCUGCUCUGGGCUGAAUAAGAGUGUGGUUUUGGCUCAUACUUGUUUUAAGACAUGCUCAUACUUCUACAGUCCCACCAGGGAAAAUAAAAGUGUCCCCGCUUUUGUUGUCCUCUUUAUAUUUUUGUUAUCACCCACCAAGUGAGCCCAGUGGGAGUCCACCUCCCACUGAUAAAAAGGCAGUGACUGAUAUGUUUGGAUCUUAUGAAGGACAUGUUUGCUUUCUGUCAGCUUCAAUAUAAAUCGCUCUAAUGUAUAGAGGGAGGGUUUGCUCUUGGGAUGUUAGAGCUCUUGGCGAGUGUGGCCUGAUGAAGUGUGGGUCCUCCUGGGGGGGCUUUAUGGGGAAACUGUGGUGCAUGCAGAGAAGAGCUCAUAAGGGGGUUUUAACCAUUUAAGGAGUGUUUAGAUUGUCAUUUUUCAAUUAAAGCUCCAGCCUCAUCCUCUGAUACUGUCUUUUUCAUUCAGUUAACAACACUACACACGAAGUCAGGGGAAGUCAGGUGUAAUGGCAGUCAUCUGUCAUAUUUUUUUCUCUAUCCAUAUGUUAUAGUUUUUUUCCCGACACUAGAGACCGUGUGUUUGUUCAGUCUGUCCUACUUUAAAUCUUGUAUCUUUCUUUUAUAAUGCAUAAAAUAGUGAUUGGUUAUUACCCAUGACAAAGAAUGAAAAGUUGAGCAAGCAGCCGCUGUGAACUUGUCUUCUUUCCUCUCUGGACGCCUGUGCGUAAAAACUCUCCGCUUGGAUGAUCAGAUAGCCAGAGAGGAGCCAGACGAGGAAGUGAGGAGGAGGGACCAGAGCAGAGCAGUGGCGUGGUGUGUGUGAGUGAGUGUGUGUUCAGGGAGAGGAGUUUAUUCUUGAUGUUCCCUACGCCUCCAGCGCUGGGAAAUCGAAGGAUCUGUGGAGUUCAACUUUUGCUUUUAUUUUUACCCAAAGCGCAGUAAAAUGCGUGCGUAAAAAGGCGCCCAGCUGCAGCGCUGACUCUUGAACGCGCUUGUCUUUUUAAGAAACUUCCACACCUUUGCUGUCAAUGUGAGCACAGGUAGUCCCGAGGAUCCCGGAAGAACUCGUACUGCAGGUUGCCAGGUUGUUUGCAUAUCCUGUACGUUUACUGCAAAGCGAGAAGGUGCCCAUGGACUUCUUAACCUUACCCAAAAAGUAGCUUUCCUCGCCUAAAGUUUUCCCGUUUAUCGUAAAUAAACGCAAAGAAGAUGAAGGAGCUGAAGAAGAGGAAGCUGUACGUGGUGAUUGACGUGCUGUGUGUUAUAGUCGGUAAGUUAUGAACUCUUAACUAUACGUCAGCAUAAUCUGACAUGUUAUCUGGGAAUUGCUGUAUAUGUUUUCAGGAAGCUUAAGAUACGAUCUUUGUGGUGACAGCACUUCUGGCCAGUCGAUGGGUGUGUUUGUACCCAUGGCUGCAACUCAGGAAUCCCAGGCAAAUAAAUGUGUGUUUAUUUACACGUUAAAAUGACGGAGAAACGUGUUUUAGGGAGACGAAAGAUCUCCAGGACAACACGGAAGCGAUUAAAUCUUGGUCUGUCUCUCAAUGCAAAUGAUUUCCAUGCAUGAGUUUGAAAGUUAAAGCGCAGCCUGUCACCCCGUUUGUUAAUGCAGAUCCAAUUUGCAUUAUGUCCAGAGAGUCCGGGCAGAAAUGUGGCAUUAAAUUGCACCGUGGCGAGGAAAUAUCAUUCUGUUUCCUCCCACAGGCCUGCUGCAUGCUUCUUUCUCACCAAAAACUUUGCAGGACUUUACAGAGCCUCAGGAAGCUGAAUGUUUGUUUAUGGAAAUUUGAUAUGCAUGUGUGUGCUCCAGUUUUUCCUCUUUUUCUUCUAUACUUUGUCUGCCAGGAGUCUUCCCAAGAAUGUUCCCACUUUCCCACAAACUGUGCUUUUCUAAAGAAAUGACUUCCCCAGAGCUCCACAGACUAUUGUUUUGCAUUUAACCUCAGUCAGAAAAUAUAUUUGAAGGAACAGCAUGUCUUUUUUUUUCCAUCCAGUCUGCUGUAACUAGAUCAUAUCAUUGCUCCAAAACCCCUCUGGGCAGUAAUUAAAAAAAUGAGAUGUGGGAAAAUGAAUCCUAAUCAUGAAACAAAUUGUGUUUUUAGUUGUCAGCGUUUUCUUAAACCAUUUAUCUGUAGUGAAUGAGUCUAAAUUAGAAGUGAUGAGUGAAGGACACUUAUUUUGGAUAAAUGAAUAUUUCACUGACUUGUUUUCAGUUAAAAAUAAAACAGAAAUUCAUAAAGGACAUUUCAAAGCCAAAUAUAAUUUCAUAAAUACAAUAGGUGGUUUUAGAGAGGUUUUGAAUAUGUUUAAGAAAACAGCUACAAUCUUAAAAUGAUUUAUCAAAAUUUAACUAAAAGAGUUUUUUGAUCAGCUGUGUUGUAAACAUUUCCAUGACACCUUUGAUCCUCCUCAAGGAUAAACAGGCUAAUCUGAACAACAAUCAUGAGAACUCCACCCUGAGAAGAAGAUGAAGCUGUUUUCAGUCUCACCGUUGAAGUGUGUGUGUGGAAUGUAUCGCUGUUGUGGGACUUAUUGUGCAUUAACACCAACAGCCUAUGGCUGACUUGUGUUGUGUAACUGCCUGCUGCUUAGCAGCAUGCUCAUCCCUUGUUGUGUCUGUUCUGGUGACAGCGGUGAAGUUGGAGGGGGAGCAGAGACAGGGGUGAUGGCUCAUCCAUGUGUAGAUCUGCUUGACUGUGCACUCUCAGCUCCCCCUCCUCCUGCCUGGCUUUUCAGAGAGCUUAGGGGUGCUUUUCCAUGUGAGGGAACAUCCGCAGACUGCUGAAGUUGAUAAGCCCCGCCAUUUUGCUGUCACAAGUUUGGGAUUAACGUCUGGGCUGGGUUUGGGCUGGUCGGUCAGGUCUGGGUAGCAGCAUCCCACCCUGAUGCCACCCACGUCUUUCACCCAUAUACUCGUCAAAUCAACCUCAAGCUUAUGUGCGGUCUCCUUAGCCAUGUAGCAACAACAUGAUGGAGGUUGUAAUUAUGCCCACCAUUAGUCUGUAUGGAAACUUAAGUCGGUUUUGUCCGCAUAUUUUAAAGUAAACCAAAAAAUUCCCAUGAAGGUCUACCAAUGUGGAUGUUUUUCCUCUCUGGAUAACAACUGCUGUCUUCCCCUAUAACCUCUCAUCUCACCAGCAGACUCUCAAGCCAAUAUUUGUACCCCCAUCAGACCCAUGCUAAUUCUUGCAGGGAUACUGGUAUUGCCUGAUAUUGAUACUGGUAGGGAUUAGUGCUGCAUGAUUUGGUAAAUUGUGUGACUGUGAUUAUAGUGAAUAAUACUGCUUGGUUAUCAAAAAAGUAUGAAGAGAUUAUAGGUAGCUUUGAUGUAUUUCCUUAUUUAAAACAUUCAAAUAAUGGAUUUUGAGUGUUUGAAUGCUCACUUGAAACUUAUAGAGAUACGUGUUCAUGUAAAGUUUGAGCACUUGUACCAGUAAACAUGAAUACAGUAAAUGGUCACCCAUGUUUGGACCAGAUGUAAAUGACCCCUCAGACUCGGUAAGUGUGCUCUGCUGUGGUUUUAUUUGGUCUUGACAACCUGAAGCUGUGUGUUCAUCUUUGCAUGGUUAUCCUUUUUUUCUGUGUGAUGUUGGUACAAGUUGAUCCUGUUUUCAUGCAAGACAGCAACUUUUAUAUUUCAAAUUUUGUACAGCAUUACUUUCUGUAAAUUUUCAACAAUAUUUCUAUACAAUAGAUGUUGCAUCUCCUAGCUGAUUCACUGUGAUACUGCCCAUCAGCAUUUAUGCUAGUCACUCUUCGCUCUGUGCCUUGGAAAGUCAUGUGACCAGACAAACAUAACUCCAAACAAUAUGAGGAGAGGUUGCAACCUUUGUGGAUAUUCAUGCACAGUUAUAUAAUUGCACAUUUCAUAAUUUGUGCAGCAACAGUGAGGAUACAAGCUGCCUAUACCAAUGCUAGCUGAGAUGUCAGUAUUGGCAUACUAAUAGGAAUACCAAUAAUGCCUGAUACUGAUGCUGGUAAGGAUACCAGUAUGGCCUGGUACCAAUACUUUCAUGGAUACCAGUAUCGAUAUCAGGCUAGACACAGAUACUGAUAGUGGAACCAGUGUCUAUAUCGGCCCCGGAUACUGCUUUAAACCCUUCAUAUAGGGUUUUGGUAACCAUACAAGUCAAAGCACCACUUUUGCUGUGUACAUCCAUCUCUCUCCUAUCAUCUUUUGUUGAGAGAUUCAAAGGCUGUAUAAAAGCAGCCGGUAUAAUAACAGUGCAAUUUCCUUGGUACACUCUCCCUAACUCACACGCUGCCUUGCCCAUCUAAAGCUACAAGUGGUCAUAAAUGGAUGAGUGCGUAAAACAACCACAGGAGCUCUCAAAGGAAAAAUGAGAUGCAAAAUGGCUGUCUAGAGCUAAGACGUUUUCAAUAUAGGCAAGUUUCUAACUACGCAAGGAUCAUUUGAGCUACUCCUCAAAAAUCUGCCUGGGUCUUGAGUUUAUUGUUGGGGUUGUACCCUCGUCUUUUCUCCUCCUCCUCCUCCUUUCUUUCUUUCUUCACUGUAUCCCUCCCUCUGUCUGUGUAAGACUACACUCAGCACAAAUAGAUGGUGGGUGUUGGCUGCGAACACAGAGAGGAAAGACCGGGCUUUAACCUCUCCCUGGCUCCAGCUGCUCAUAUCUGUAGGUGCAGCACUGCAGGUGGAGGCUGUGUAAGAGUCGAAUGAGCAAUAUGACCUGGGUGCUGCUGAAGGCGACGUGAAUGUGAACGAGCUGUGAGUUAUGAGUAAUGUGUUAGAUACUCUCAAGUAAGUAAUGUGUGGUUAAAUGGCCUGGAGGGAAGGCACUGGUGCAACACAUGCUCACGCAAACUUUUGUUUUUUCCAUUUGUGGACUCUUUGUUGUGCUUGAAAGUAGGUUAGGACAAACCAGUUUUACAAAAUGGCUAUUAUGUAAUUGAUUACAGUCAUACACACUCACACACACACUCACACACACACACACACACUUUGGUUUACUGUAUGAAGAGGGAGCAGCUCAAGUUUAGGAUUUCCAUGUGUCAUCUUUCCAACAGUGAUAGGAGGACACUCUGUUAUUUAAUUUAAAUAAGUUUGGGUUUGUUUACAGCUAUUCACAGGUGCUGAUUGAUAAUAGAAGUGAGUGAAUGAUAAAGAGUUAAGAAGAGGGGGGCUCUGAGCAAUAUCAGAUUUUGUAUUUGCAUCGUAUUAUUAACCGUUGAAUUAGCUGGUUUAGCUGGUUGUUGAUCAGAGUGUGUCAGUGCAGUCGUUUUGCUGCAGGGUCUCAGGGGAGUAGGGCCUCUUGUUGCCGACGUGUUGAGAAGACGGAUUGUUCCAAGUUCUCAGAGAAAAAGGCAGUAAGGACGUUCAGUGGGAAUUGUUUUUCCUCAGGAGAGCUCUGUCAUGGAAACUAAAGCCCUUUCAACAAACAGACUUGUUCCUGUGAGAAAUACGGGCCAUGUUUGUUUCUCCGUCUUCUUUGUGUUUUUCAUGAAGUAAUCAUCUUGAUUGUUUGGGGAUUUCUGGUUAAUUUGACAGUCUGGUUUUAGUCACAGUGAUAAGUAGACUUGAAUAUUGAAUAUUUUGCUUAAAUUGAAAACGGAGGAUGUUUUGGAGAGGAUUGUCAUAGUUUCUUUGUACCAGUAACAUGAUCUCCAACAUUUAUAAUAUCCCAGCUUCCUCUAGAUAAUUAAAAUGCUGCAAACAUGUUGAUUAUUUACUCAAAGGUCUUAAAAAUAGACAGAGAGUGAAGACAAAAUAAUGGAGAGAGGAAAAUUUUUAUUUAUAAACAGCAACAGAGUUUUGCACUUUUAAGAAAAAAAACUAGAUAACAGCUUAAAGCUCCAGUCAGAAACUUUAGUUUUUUUGGUGAUUUUGGCUCCACUGUGGACAAAGUGAUACCUCCCCCAAUCUCCUUACUGCAGUGGCUGAACCACACUUUUUUGAUUAUGGUUGCCAAACUGGGGCGCUGACUUUUGUAGGGGUGGCCAGGAAUGGUAAAGAUUGGGGACUUAACCCAAACUGCUGAGGGUUAUCUCUGCUAAUCACAUCUACUUAAACUUCAAUUAUAAAACAAUCUGAAAAAUAUUGUGAACAGUAUUUGACUUUAAAGAUAGCUUAACAGAGUGGCAUCAUUAAAGUUGGUUGAACUUGAUGCUUUAGGGAUUCAAAAAGAAGGUUUUAGUCAAAAGUCUAGAGAAAAUGUUCGGUACUAAAAUUCAAAGAACUUGGACAACUUGGUUCCGCCUUCCACCAGUAUAUGGAUUUAAAGCCAAAAAGCUGUUGGUAUAUCCAAGUUUUUCUCCAUUUUCUGAAACCAACAUUGUGCAGUUGUGUUGUAUGCACUCCACCACUUGCCCAGUAGCACUGUACGCUUUGACGCUCGGCUCAAAUAGCGUAUCCCCCCAAGUGAGCUACGCAAUCUUCGUACGCCCAUAGGCAGUAUCAGGUGUCAAUCAUAGAAAAUAUGAACCCCCUAAUAAUUUUUAAAAAUUGAGCUGUACAGAAAAAAGAGGACUUGAGCACAAACCAGUCUUACAAUAACUACAUGUAAACAUCGCAAGCAAGGGAGAGAAAAAAUUAUAUUUUGUGUAAUAAAUUUCUAAAGUUUGUCCACAGCUCUAUAAUAGGGAUGGCUGAGGGAGGCGGGAUUUAUGACCUAUACUGCAACCCGUCACCAGAGGGUGCUGUUCUCAGGUUGGCUUCAUCCAGCGAGGAGGCAGACAACGUCCAUUCCAUGUACAGUCUAUGGCUAGAACACAAACCAAAAAAGUGGCGUCAAUAUGUGUGCUGCUUCUAAAAGGACUGACAGCCAAUCAUAAUUUAGGGUUUCAGAGGGCUACCACUGCUCCACCGCUGCCUUUCUAAUCUUGUCCUGUUUACAGUUGUGUUUUCUGACAAAAAGACAAACACAUUCAGCUUUUCUUAACAGUUAAAUUCUUCAGCUAUUGUAAAUAUUUGUAGGUGUUUUAUUUUGUUUAUGAAGUUAACAUUUACAAAAUUUAUAAAAGUCCGUUACUUUGAGUCUCUUUAUGUCUUACUACUCAAUGUAACUCAUUAAUGUAUCAAAGAAAGGUUUCCUGUUUCACUUCAGAUGCAUUUCCCCCUGACUCCUAAGGGAAUUACUAAUUAACAGAUCACUGUGUUUAGUGACUUUUUUAUUAGGCUGUUGUUUGCAGUCUCUUACCUGUCUGCUUCUCUCUCUCUCUUUUUGCCUCAGUGAAUGGUAUCUACAGCUGCAAAGACUAAGUGUUGUGUAUUAUUUUAUCAUAUAAAUGCCCCACAACCAAAGAAUAUUACACACGACAGUCAUAUCAUAUGAGUUACUAUUUUAACACAGGCCUACUGUUCUCCCCCAGCCCUUGGGAACCAAAGAGAGAAAGACGGGGAGAGAAAGAGGGAGUGCACACAUAAUUAUGUCUCGCAUAGACGUGAAAGAAAAACUGGUCAUUGGAUCAUGAAACCUGACACAGCUCUGUAUGACUCUGUGUUGUCAAUGAAGUAUGAGAAAUGCAGUUAAGUCCAGCUGAGUCCUGCACAAGUUCAGAGCAUUUCAGUGAACCCAUGCACUGUACUGAAAUACUGAGAUAAAGCUGUUGAAUUUUGACUCUUUCCUAGUCUUGGUAGAGACAUGUCCCUAUCUUACCUGACUAAUUCUUUGUUCUUGGUCUCCUUUAGAAAUCACAGCAAGGACCCGCUGCAUAGUAUGUUUGAAAAUGCUAUGCAGACACACAACACAGCACAUUAAGAGUGAGCUUCCCAAGAGGCAUCCGUUACAGAUCUUCUCAGAGCGCCUCCUGCUGACUUUCUUGGUAUAGUUUAAAACCUGUGUGGCCUGUCUCUUUCAUCUCCAGACUCCUUGAUUGCCACCUCAGAUUUUGCCGCCUGUCACUCACAUCACUUCGACUUGCCACCCUGCGUCCUUCUGCACUGCUUACAGCUAAGCACGCAUGAACGAUGCAGGGAGCGAAACUGCGGGAUUAAAAAUAAAGAAUGGGCAGGAGCAGGAUUUGGUGUGACUGGUGAGCUUGGGCGUUCCUCUUGUGAAUUAGAAUUCCAGAGGCCAACGCCAGCAGAGGUUGUAGGCUCAGCACAUACCUUCCACAUGAGUCAGUUGGGCUCGGGGUGAGACAGUCAGAAAGAGGGAGAGUUUGGUUGUUUUGUUACUGCAAGCCAUCUUUGAAAGGUCUCUAACAUCACCUAUGUUCAAGAGAUUUGGUGCUUUGGGUUUCGUGCUGUCAUUUCAACAAAAGCCUGUUUGCUUUGGAGGGAGGAAACAAAAGAGUGGAGGGAAGAAAGAGGGGGAAACAAAAAAGGGAGAAAAAAAAGCUUGUCUCUGUCAUUGUCCAUAGUGGAAAUGGACAAAGUUAGAGGUAUAAAGAGUGACACAGAUUCAAAAAAAAUAUAUAGAAGCAAGAAAUUAUGUUAGUUCAAGAAAAAAGACACUCACUGACCUUCAUGCUGGGAAAAACAAGAAAUGAGAGUGGAGUGCACCAGCUGUGACCCUGAAGGAAACUUUGAGACCAAACAGGGCAGCCCUGGGGCAUGAGAACACCCCACACUCAUGACACACACACAUACAGAUUCAGCAUACCUAGAGAAUAUGUAUAAUUAAAACCCAGACUGUAUGUUUUUCAACUUGAGGAGAGUAAUCAUCCCUUCACAUGGUCCUGCAGGUGCUGCACGUUAUGUCGGAGUAACCGGGGCAAGUAGGUGUGAGGCACUCGCGACUCUCACCCGCUGCAACAGCUUCCAGAUGAAUGUGGCAGUCGACUUUUCUUUAGAAGGACUGAAAAGGAAGACGAGAAUCUGAAAUCACCAACUAGACAGAGAGAGGUUGUGACAAGCCUCGAAUCUUGUGUGAUUGUGGUCCAGAUGCUCUGGUGUAAUUGCACAUCUGCCGUCUAAAAAAAGCAGCAUCCCGUUGAGGCCUCUAUAUUUACAACAGAGAAAGAAGUGUGUGGGAGGAGGCUGGGUUUAAGAGAAUGACUGACAUAGAGAUGGACUUUCUGAAAGAAGAAUGAAUGACUGACUGAAUGAGAAUGGGGGAUGUGAAUCAUCAGUGGUGGACGGAGGGAAGGAAGGAGAGAAAGAGUGCAACUGUCUCCUUACACUGACGUCUUUGUUGCAAAGGUCGUCCACACUGUAUUUUACUCUCCAGACUCUCUCAACACACAGUUUUAGUUUAUAACUCAGUUUUUUGAGCCUGUAGAAGAAAAGGGGAGCAAAUAGAUGCUUUAUUUGCACCAAGGUUACAAAAAGCCACCAUCUUCCCAAAUUUGAUUUCUGGUAUCUUAAAUGUGGCUUUUUAAAAAUCUGCGACAGGAAAUCUUGAGUCUUGUGUCCUGCUACUUCAAACAGGAUCCCAUUAAAGGGGCUCAGGCAGGAGGUUUCUGACUGGCAGCUGGAGAUUAGCUUCCUGGCCACAUUUCAAACUGGCAGCAUUUUCCUCUCUCUGUCUGGAGAAGCAGGUGUCUAAAAAGGUCUCUCCGGUUUCCUGAAUGAAAACCUCAUCCCCCCUCUAACUACCCUUCAUAUGUGCGUUCUUUUGGCUUUUCUCCUUCAGAAGAGCUCACCCUGGAUGUCUGGGUUUAGCUUAAAUCAGAAGCACUUGGUCUCUUGGUUAAGGCAGAUCUGGGUGCAGUGUCCGUUUGGGUUGUGGGGUUGUCUCGUGGUAUCCUGAAGACCUUUUUGGUCUGCCCAAGGGUCUAUUUUUUGCCCCUAUGCUGUGGAUGUACACAUGUGUCUGCUCCUGAGGAGAGAGGCCUGUUUGUUUCUGUCAGAUAUUAUCCACAGAGGCUCUGCUCAUGAAACACAUCCACACACCUUAAGAUGUGCCACUUACUCUACCCCUGAGAGUGGACCAGACUUCCUACGUCACUUUAUUUGUGUGCUUUUAUCCAAAUCCAAACUUGUAAAAAAUUCUAUUUAGCUAAAGUCAGCAGAAUCUUUUAAUCCGGAGAAGGAGAAAAAAUCACAGUUUUUUACAAGCCAGCGGAGGGUAUUUCAAGGCCAACUGUGUGAACUGGCAAAAUCCGAGUUUAUCCAGGUUUAGUGACGCAGAUUAAAUAAGCACGAUAAAAACUCUUAAAAGACUUAUUUGAAUGUCACUAAAUGAGUAAAAACCCAAGCUGUAAUAAUGUUGAUGUACAUGCAAAAGUUACGGAGUCCUUCCUUAACUUUCAAGGUGUCAGCAAAAGAGAAUAUUUCAUCGACUGCUGGCAUCUCUCUUUGAAGUUUUUCACUUCAUUUUUCUCUCACUCUGCUGUGAUUAAUGGCCCCGCUCUGGCAUGUGUUAAAAACCCCAUAAAACAGUUUGAAGUUACUAAACCAUGCGACUCCACUGUAGGAAUAAUUAUGUCUUUCUGGCACUUAAAGCUGACAUUCACCAUUGCUCUAAUACAUAAAUUCAUAUUCUUCCUGAUUUUGUCAAGUCGUAGUCCAACACAAACAUUUCUAACUUGCUGUUAUAUAGAUGUAAUACAUGUUAAAGUAUCUGGUCAAAGGAAGUUGUUUUUCCAUUUGUUCGCAGCUCUAAUUCAUAUCUAUGCUCAUUAUAAAGAUUCCACUUCACAUUAGAAAAGUUUUUAAUGUCUGAUGCAAUGUUUUCAGUAGGAGCAGUUUUAGUGUUAUAGUGCCCCCCAAAAGCAACGCCUCUAACCCCACCUAAGGCAGGGAUGGACAACGUUUGGUCUGGUAAUAUUAUGCUUCCAAAUAUAAGAUAUUUGACUCGCUGUGUAAAUUUUACUCCUGUCUAGGAGUACUGGAUGUACUGGCAAUAAAGAGGACUUUGGAAAUGUUUAAAACAAUAUUAGAAAGAUACUCAGCAUCAGGGUGGCCAGAGAGAGAAAAAAAAACUUCUCGAAGCAUUCAGAGUUUCCAUGCAAUUUUCUGUCUUUGUUUUUUCACAUCAAUCACAAGUAUUUCAAACCAUUUGGCUGAGAUACCCUACCCUUUAUGUAAUUUAUCAGAACAGUUGAGUCAGCAGCUAAAUAAUAACUCCCAUAAUGAUGCUGUAUCCACUUUCAGUUUGACAGUGGUUCAACCAUGUUGCAGCAGCAGUGAGAUGGAAAGGCAAACUAAAGGCGCGUUUAACUUUCCUAGUUUCUUAACAGCUGGUAGCAGGAUGCAGGACACAGAUGUGUGACCCAGAAGCCACAUCAGUGAAUCCACAUUUUUGACAUCCUCUGAGACAGGAUGUUUGUGGAACACAAAAGACCCCAUAUUGUGUUGGUGUAACAAACAGGAUUUUGGAGAUGCAAAGAGGAAACUGUGAGGAUUAAGACCAUUAUAUGUAGUCUACCAUGUCCUGGCAUGGCUGGUAAAUGUAUGAGCUGGUGGUUGGGAAGCUGUCGUGCUGGGACAGGUGUCUCCCAGCUGUUGUAAACACAGAGGGUGUGUGUAGUGUUAAAGGAGAAAUACAUACACUGAGCGGGUUUUGGUUUAUGUUUUCUAAAGUAAGUAUUCAGUUACUGUGUUAAAUUAACUCUCCAGAAGAAACUUACAGGCCAAUCUCAAAUGUCUGAGGAUCAGAUAGCUCAGCAUAAAAACAAGAAACACUGGGGUACUGCUUGCCUUGCUCUGCUGACGCAAAAGAGAAAUUUUGGCUGCAUGAAAAGAUUGACUAUAAUCCAACUGUUAUGUUGGACAUGAGAUGGUUGAUAUGGUGUUUGUGUUUUCAAGUCAAAGUUUAGCUGUAGCCAGCAGCCUGUUAGUUUAGCAAAGAACUACUACUAAAAAGAGAGGGAAACAGCUAAAAAGCUGACGUGUUAAAUGUUUUGGCCUGUAAUCUGUCUGAGAGUAAGGUUAAAGCCUUGAUGUCAUCUAAAGUGUGAAUGUCAUAUACUACAGUCAUACAUAGUGAGUAAUUAAUUUUAUGUGACGCUCAGCUACCCUCUGUCAAGAAGGGAACAUUAUGACUCUGUCCUAAAGGUUGAAAAACUGAACUGGCAGAGAGUCACGUGAGUAGAAAACAUGAGAAGUCUGAAACCACUCUUUUGUCUGUAGCCAUUAAAUGUUUAGUAAAACUUUAGCCAGUUAGCUUAUCUGAGCAUACAGACCGAGAAAAUAAAUACUCAGCCUUAUUUUAUUCAAAGGAAAGCAGCCUCAAAUCUCAAAGAGUUCGAUGUUAAAUGAUAGCUAGCAAUCAGUGAAAUAAGUGUAGCAUACAGGCUAGCGCAGGGAGUACUAGUUAGACUGGCAUCUACAGGAAUAACGUGCGUAAAUGAGAGUUAGCCUACAUGCAGAGAUCAAUAACUCUUCUGUACCAAUUUGUAAAAUGCUAACGCAAUAGCAAGCAGCCUUUAAGCUAUUCCAGACGUAAAGAUAAUUAGGAACAGGUAGAAACAGCUAGCCAAGCUAUACCGCUAACAAAGCUCAUCUGAUGGAGGGAUUUAUUUCACUUUCAUGUAGGUUUAAUAUGUAACUGCAGCAGGUUAGCUUGACUUAAGGGAGAGUACAGCCAGCCUGGCACAGUUUGAAGGUAAUACAUAUCUGGAGGACUAGUGACAAAAAAUAUUGUCUUUAAAACACAUCUUAGGGCAACAGCCAGCUGCUAGCUGACUUAGCUAAGCUUAGAGACUGACAAUUACAGCUAGCCUGGCUAUGUUUUAUGGAAACCAAAUAUUCAUUCUGAAUGACAGUUGUGGGAGAAAAUGGAUACCUCAUAUAUAUUCAAAUAUAUAAAGACAGCUUCCAGUUGUCUUAGCUGAGAAAAGAGGGGGCGGAGGGGGCUCUUUAGGAGAUGAGGGAUUUUGAACUAAACAUCCUGUGGGAUACUAGAGAAGGGAAUUGUGAUAGCUCCCUUUCUCAAACGUCAUAGACAGAUAAGCUCUUCGUGUCUGUCUGUGUUUUGUUUCCUCCUGUUUGUCUGCUCUAAACACUGAUCCUCCAAGGUCAGGUUACAAUGAGUCCAUGUACAGUAAUGUAUUUAUUCUACAGAGCUCCAUUGUUUAUUCUCCUGCCAACACAAAGCUUCUGUUUUGCUGCUGCCCUUCUUUACCACAGCAGUGUGACUCUUUGUCUUUAUGGUGUCUGUAACUGACAUGUGUGCAGUUGGCAUGCCACUAAACAAUGUCCAUAUCUGUGUGUUUGGGAUUGUGUGAUAGCAAAAAGAACGGAGGCUUACACAGCAUGUCAUUGUACAGGUAUUGUUAUAUUAUGUUAAAUACUGUAAAUCCCAGGGUAUGCUUAGGAGCUGUAGCUUACACUUUAGCUUACUAGUGCUUUGUUUAUGUUUUAAAACUGUAUGUUUUUUUUGUUGUGCUUUAAAAGUUAGCAUUCACACCUUUCUUCCUUUCAAGGUGCUCAGCCUACAUUAUAAAAAGCCAUAACUUACAUUCCUGAUUUUUGUUAGCAUUCAAACAUUUACAGCAGGCUGUUGCUCCUUAUUCAUCACAAGUGUUGACAGGGUUCAGAGUCAAAGCUGAAUCCUAAACUACCUUCAACUUGUAUAUUUUCCCUUUGGUCUCAGUCUCACUGGAAGUCCUCAUGGGAUUAUGUCAGCUGCAGACAUUUGCUAAAAAGAAAGGGAGGGGUGCCUACACAUUUACACAGGAAUGUAAUACUAUUGGUGAGAGGUCUUUUCAAGAGUGUGCACUGUUUUUCUUGUAUUUAGAAUGUGGCCGUACAGCAUUUCCAUGGUGGCCCCAAGACCGUCUGUCUGCCUGUUUUGGAUGGUGGGGGAGGACAAUAGAGGUGGGGAGUACAUUCCUCAGCAGGGCUGCAACUCGUGAUUAUUUUCACGCAUUGAUCAAACAUUAACGCUGUCACAAAUCAUGAUAGAUACAAAUCACAAGUUACCAAAGUGUAUGGGUUUUAAGUGAGUGAUUGGUUGACUGGGACAAAAUGGUGGAGUACAUGAAAACUUCAAUAACAAACUACACAUACUAAACCUGUCACUCUGAAUACUUCGAAAAUAGGAAAUUCUUAAUUGUAUGAUCAAAGAAAGGGUUUGUGAUAAUGGUCAAUGAUUUAAGUCGGUGAAAACUUUUGGUACACAAGAAAAAAAAAAACAUCAAAAAGUAAAAAAUACAAACACAAAACUUCUUACAGCAUCGCCUAUUGCUUUGCCACUGUCAUUUUUUCUGUAAUAUUGUCACAAGCACUUCCUUUGCCUUAAGAUUUAAGUUGGAGAAAAGAUCGUAAAAGGGCAUCUGCAAACUGUUUUUGUCAACUUUUUAAGAACACAUCUCUUCAAACGAAAACUCUUACUAACCAAUUGUUUAUUUUGAUACUACAUUUAUUUAUUUAAUGAGCGUGUAUGUGCUUGGGAGAGUCAAGAGAGUGAGUGAAUAUUUUUGGACUGGAUGUUUACAGGCAUCUCAGGGGCAUCGCUCAUGCACACAGGAGCCUUGGGUAGUUAUUUUUGCUCUUCUUUUUUCACACACAGCCACAUCAUUCAAACUUGUGUUUGUGCGCUGCUUGCAGUAAUUUGUGUACAGUCUUGUAUGGGUUUAUGCACUCCUGUGCCUCUUGGUGAUGUGUGAUUUUUACACAUGCCCACAUGCCUUUGCACAUAAAUGCUAUUCUGCCUUGUUUAUUUUUGUAACUCCUUGCUGUGCAUUUCCACCCUGACAUUUUUCUCCCUGUGGGUUGUUCUUUUUUUUUUCAUCAUUGUGAUUUUAGACUUCAGGUCCAGAGUAAGAGAGAGAGAGAGGAAAUAAUUUAGCUGUCCUUAGAGAAACAUUUUAACUUCCUUGUUUUAGAAUGAUGUAAUGUCUGAAAACCUGCAGAGACUGAGACAAACAUGUUAUUCCAAAACAUUUCUCCUCUCAAAUAUAGGUCUGCGUUUGCUCAGAUCAGCAGUGUUCCUGCCUAACAGUCUUCCAACUUAUUUUCAGGACAAACACAACUUCUCCAAAUAUCCAAAUGAUUGUAAUUCAUCUUAUUAAACUGUUGUCCCCCCUGGUUUGUGUCUCUCUGCAGCGGCUCUGCCCUUCCUUAUCAUGACCAUCGUGUUCAAGCCUUACCAAAGAGGAGUUUACUGUGAUGAUGAGAGCAUCAAGUACCCUUUUAAACCAGACACCAUCACUCAUGGCAUGCUGGCUGCAGUCACCAUCUCCUGCACUGUCAUCAUUGUAAGUCUUAUAUACAGAUCUCACUUAAGUUAAGCCAGAAAUCAUGGCAAGUUAACAGGACUUAAGUCAUUUUACAACAUCCUGUGCUGUUUGCUCCAUUACCGAAUGGCCUGAAGGAAUUUAGUAAAGUGUAGAAAUAGAUUUAGGAAAAGUAAUUUGAUUCUAAUGGUGUGAAAAAUUGAGAAAAUGUAACAAAACCUUGUAAACACUCUUUCCUCUGAUCCCAUUUUUUACCCUAGAUCUGCUCUGGAGAGGCUUAUCUGGUCUACAGCAAAAAGAUUUACUCCAAUUCAGACUUCAACCAGUAUGUAGCUGCUCUCUACAAGGUAGUAGGCACAUAUUUGUUUGGAGCAGCUGUGAGCCAGUCACUCACCGACCUGGCUAAGUAUACUAUCGGCCGCCCAAGACCAAACUUCAUGGCCGUUUGUGAGCCGAAGGUCUGCUCGGGAUACAUGCAGGAAAUCAACUGCACAGGGAAGCCUCUAGAUGUCACAGAGUCCAGGUACGAGAAGAAUAUCCCAGCAUUACACUUGUAGCAUUGUGCUUACCUUAAAAGACUUUUAUGUGAAGCGGUGCAUUAUACUGUCUGUCUUUUCCAGAUUGUCCUUCUACUCUGGUCACUCCUCUUUUGGGAUGUACUGCAUGCUGUUCCUAGCGGUAAGUAUGGCUCAAAACUCAAUGUAAACAGGCAUUUAUGUGUUCAGAAAACAUGGAUUUAUUUCCAUGCUUUGUCCCCGCGAGUAGUAAGUCAGGCAAAAAAGCACAAGGAUGGAUUAUCUGAAAAAAAGCUCUUGCAUUUAGCUCCUCACUUAAGGGCAAAUUGUUGUGAAGGAGAAAAGGCCCUUUGAGACAGUUUGUGCUAGUGGACAUAAAAGGACAGGGAAAUAUUUCAGAGAAGGAAUGUGUGCACUGAGAGAAGUGAUCUGAAGUCCUCUGCUGCCUUUUUCCCAGCAACGAUGAAGGCUAAAGCAUGUGCUAUGUUCUGUCUCAGCUGCAAUCAGUCUUUUACCCUUGGCCUCCUCUCAUUGUUAAAAGUCAGGAAUCCGUACACGAUAGUUAGCCUCAAGAGGCCAAACUCACAGCAGUGUUCAGUUGAAAAAUGUUAGAGAAAUGACAGAAUAUUUCAAGUAAGUGUCCGUUUUGCCAGGAAAGGAGUACAAACAAACAGAGUCAAGCUGUGAUAUCCAGCCUGUGUCCUACAGCGGUGAGUGUGCAUGGCAGGGGGGACUGUGGUGCCAUGCCAAAUUUUGCACCUUCAACAGCAGCCCAGCAGAAGCCCCGACAAGUCAGUUCUGUUGCCAGGAUCAUAAUUUUUCUGGCAGGUGCUCUUUUCCAGUAAAAAGGGGGUCUUGGUCUAUAGAGAACAUAAAUAAGAGUAAUACUCAACACCUUUUUAUAAAAAUACAAUCUAAGGCCUACCAGCCUCAAGGUCUUUCAAGUAAAGUCCCUUUUUUCUCAUUAGUUGUUGGAGUUUUACCCCAACAGCUGAUGCUACAGAAUGUUUGAAGUUCCUGUGAGGAACUUUUUGUUAUUUUGGUUUCCACUGUGGACAAACAGGCACCUCUUAUUUCUUUAGUAAAAAAGAAAUCUCAUCUUGCUGUGUCAAAAUAUGGCUUACUAAAGCUCCUGUUAGGAGUUUUUAACUGGUUGUUUAACGGUUUGAAAUUGAUACUGAUGCCUCUUUAUGAGCUGCAAGGGUAGAAAAGACCAUCAGCAACAGUACUGACAAAAUCCAUGUUCUAGUUUUUAAUACCUGAAACAGUUGUUGGGGGAAAGGCAUCAGACCACAUUUUCCGAGUACAUAUUUACGAGUGACACAUAUGGCUUGGUGAUAUGGCCCUCAAUCAAUAUUACGAUAUAUUGAGCAGUUCGCCUUGAUAACGAUAAAUGGAUGAUAACUACUCCACAAGCUUCUCAACUUCGUCUACUUCAGCCGCUGCUCCAGCUGCUACAACUUUUGAACCGUCCUCCAUCUCCUCACCUGUCUUUCCCUCUUUGUUAUGGACUGGAUGGGGUGGAGUUGCAUCUCUGACGUAGGACAGCGUCUUAAAGGGACAUGAGACCAUAGCCUACCUACACACAUCCAAAACCAACUUUUAUUGAUAUAUUUUUUUGGCACCGAACAUACCGAUAUGUGCAAAAUGACGUCGGUAAUUGUCGUAAAUCUCGGUAUCUGUACAUUUUCGGUUUAUCGCCCAGCCCUAGUAAAUUCUGUUUGGAGCAAACCUUUGGAGAAACAUGACAAGGUCAGAAAAGUGCUGAGAUGUAAAUCUUUGCCAACAGGGGGAGCAAAUAUCAUCAGAAAAAAAAGCUUUGAAACCUGCUGCCACCAAGAAGGUUUUUAUUCAGUAUACAGUCGAUAACUUUGUCUGUUACUUACACCCUAAUGUUUCAGGACAUUAUAUUUUACUGUCAGAAGCUUCAAUUAAAUAAGUGACAACAUCUGGUAACAAAAACUUCAUUUAUGUGUUUUUACAGUGUUUGAUAAGCAUGUGACAUUGCUUUUACAAUAUUUGUGUUGGCUUAAAGAAUACUUAACAUAAUAGUGACCCUGACCUGUUACAUUUUCUUUCCUGUCUUUUCUUCCCUUACCCCUCUUAUCUACCAUUGUCCUUCUCCUCUUUUCCUUUGUCCAGCUCUACGUGCAGGCCAGACUGGUGGCCAAGUGGGCCAGACUCCUCCGGCCCACCAUCCAGUUCUUCCUGGUGGCCUUUGCGGUGUACGUGGGUUACACCCGAGUCUCUGAUUAUAAGCACCACUGGAGUGAUGUGCUGGUGGGGCUGCUGCAGGGAGCACUUGUUGCUAUACUCAAUGUGAGUCUCCCGGACAACCUCUUUCAAGGACGACACUGUAAAAUUUAUGGACCCCAUCAUCAUACAUGAGAUUUCCAUUAUCCUGUAUAUGGCAGUCAUAAUUUUUGUUUUGAUUUGGUAUCAAGUUACCAAGCUACUCACAACGUUUUGGAAGACAGAUUUCAAGAGUUAAGAUAAAGUUUGAGAUUUGGACAGAAAAUACUAUAUUGUGAUUGGCUCAAACUUUAAAAUGUUCGCACUCAGUCACACAGACAACUUUUAGUUUAUUCAUAAUGUUUUCUAUAAAGUCGCUCCAGCCUGAUGUGAUGAAAUCUUUGGUAUUGAGUCUAACUCCUGUGGUUUCAUGCUCCGGGAAAACCAAACACGGCUGGAACUGUCUGUAAGAAUGAUAUUUAAUGGAAAUCUUUCGAUCAGUGAUGCUGUCUUUUAGGCCAAAAAGCUGCAGGAAAAAAAUCCAAAACUUAUUUCAGUCUCAGGGAAAAAGAAAGACAAAUAAACAGGAAAAAUUAGGCGAGUGAAGUGUGACAGCAGCGAGGUGUGAUUUGAUAGAAACCCACACACUCACGCUGACACACUCUCAGGCAGUAAGUCCAUUCUCCUCACUUCAUCCAGCUGGGCUCCUUUAUUGUUUGGCCACUUCUCUGUUUUGAGUGGGCCACUGUCAGCACCGCCUUGUGGAAAUUCUCAAGCAGUGGAGUAUGUGUGUGUAUGUGUGCAUGAUUAAUUGGGAAGUGAGCCCACGCCUUUGGCCUUCACCGUGCUGUGUGCAAUUAGAAACCCUCCUGGGCAUGGUGUUUUACGGCCUACAGGGGUUGUGCCUGCUCUCUGUGUGUUCCCCUCAGAUGUGUGUGCGUGUGUCACUCACCAGCUGUGCGCAGACCUGUCCAGACACAUGUAAUCACACUUUCCAGCCCAGCCCUUACCUCCUCAUGAUUCCUUACAUGCAAAUACUCCAACUCAAUGGGAGAAAAUUUCCUCUAAAGCAACCAAAUCUGACCCGUCUCCUUUCCUUUUUCCUCUCCUGUGCAGGUGCGUUAUGUGUCAGACUUUUUUAAGAAGCGUCCUCCUCGUUGCACCAGGAGGGAGACGGCUGAUGGUGACGAGCCGGAGAGGAAACCCAGCCUACAAAUUGCAGACUCUGACCAUGGCAACCAUUACAACUAUCACCACAAUCCAGGCCCAGUUUGAUGGGGCUCAACACUGUGGGAACGAAGGCUGCAGGCUGCAGACCCUACACCUGUGUUAAAGGGUCCAAACUCAGACCCUAAGUCUAAACAGUGUUUAGUCAAGAGAAUAUCCUGAGUCACCUGCUUUCCUGACUUAGCUGCAGAUUCCUGAAACUAAACAAAAAGUUAAGUUUUACAGCUUUUUUUAUGAGUUCUGCUUCCAGGCUUUUUGAUAUCUGUUGAAGGGAGUUCAACUAGGAUUUGGUCCGCAGCCUGCAGUCUCUAAUACCCCCAAUUUCCUCCCCCUGUAUCAACCACUCACACCAUGCCCCUACUUCCCAACCACUGGACUGACACAAGGGGGAUGCAUCCUAUCACCAGGUGCUGGAGCCCCUUCUUAGAGACACUAUAUUGACCUCCUUUUCUCCUGUAAGAGAGAGAGGGGCAUAUUAUUUCUAAGACAUCAUUGUGGAUGUUGAAGCGUAUUUGCUUAAAGCUGCAUUAAGUAAAAGACUCCAGACUCACAGCAACAAAGCUAUAAUAUAUUGAGUUACACUAAGUGCUUGUGGCUAUUUUGUGUUAGCAAACAAGCUACACUCGGCAGAAACAGAGGAACAUAGUCUUUCUUUGAUGCAGCAUUGACUGUAUAUAAAUAUUGACAAGCAUCACCACCUUCUCCAUUCGCACAAAAGUGAAGCCAAAAUAUCUUUGUGCAUUAUUUCUGCUUUUGCGACACAUUUUCCCAACAAAAUCAGUCAGGCAAUCACAGAUCAGUUAGUCCUGAGUUUGUAGUACAGAGCACACAUUUAUUAAGUAAAGAGGCAAAGAUCUCUCAGGUCAGCAGAAAAGUCCAAUGGCUUUUGUGUUGAUUUGCAUUGCAUUUCUGCAGGAGCUGCAUUUGUCAACAGAGCCGUCAAUCAUGGCUGAUAUCAUUUUUUUGCAUCAAAGUUAGUUAAACCCAAACUUCUCUGCAAAAAUUUACUCUUGGGUACGUAUCAGCAUGUCAAAGACUGACUAUAAUGACAAGAAACCAUAUUUAUAAGACAAACAAAAUUAUAUCACCUGUAUUUUAAUUUUAUGGUUUGACCCAUGUCCAAUCUGUUAACAUGAAGCUGGUGUGGUUUCAGGCACCAAGUUGGUAGAAAGCACAGGAUGUUUCACUCUGUGCUUCACUAUUGGGGAGCUAUCAUGUCGUCCAUUUUUUCAACUGUCUAUUUUUUUUUUUUUUUUUAGGUAAGCUGCCCACAAAGAGUCAAACAGCCUUUAAGUGCCUGAAAACUGCAGAAAUCUGAAACAUGGUUUUGAUUUCAAGUGAGAUUGAAAAAACUCGUUUUUUAAUUAUCAGGAGUUCUUUGAUUUUAUGGAGCUUUAAAAUGUUUUUAUACGUUUGUAGUUUCUAUAUGUCGACAAAUUCAUUUGUUGGCUGUGUUGAAAGACACGUUUUAUUGAUAGGUAGAGAGACAAGAAUGUGUGUAGUUCUGAGUAAAGGCACAGUUUGUGGAUUAGACUCACUUGGAUGCACCUUAAAAUGGCUCCACACUAGACAAACAACAUGAAAUUGUAUAUUGAAAUGGCAACCAGAUCACAGUGUAUGAGCAAAUUUCCUCCAUUUAUGAUAUCAACAUGUUGGCAUCCAAACCAAAUAUGUCGUCUGCAGACCACCUUAAAGUUGCUUUGAAGGGAGAUGUGCUGUUUACUGACUUCACCAUCAUCUAAGCAACAAGUAUCAUUCAGACGUAACCUGACAUCACCUGACAAAUUGUUUCUGUGUGCCACACAAACAGGUCUAAGUAUCUGCUUGGACAAACAAUAUGUUUUUUAAAAGCAACUAUACAGGUUUGUCAUGCCUGGUGACUCACACUAUUUAAAUCAACUCUCAUUCACUACCAGUAGAUUUUUACGCCCAGCUGUUCUUCGUACAGGUUUUUCUUAGAUGUCAUGUUAUAUAACUUUCCAUCAUGUCCCAUCAUAUUUUUUUUUGUCUGUUUCAGCUGGUCGUUUUCAGUUUCAAGUGUACUGAUGCUGUUCAAAAGUGUAUUGAUGAAAAUGUAGGAUUUUUAUUCGAAUGAGGUUUCCCCUGUGUUUAAAGGACUGCAGAGGUAGAGACCAUAGCAGGUGCAGAUUGCUUUAAUUCCUGUUAGACUCUGUGUGUCAUACCACUACAAUAUUGCCAAAUACUAAGGAAUAUGGCCUCCAUUUUAGCUUUAUACAUAGUUUUUUUUGUAAAACUAUUUCUAAUCAAAGAAGGAUAUGACAGCCAUUUUGAAAAUGGUGUUUAAUUUAUUUUCAAUAUAAGAAGUUCUUUAUUUACUCUUUGUAGGUUGGAGCGCUGUUAAAGUUUUUGUGCAAUCACCCCGCUUGCCACUAUGAGCCACAAAUACUGUGUAUACCAGUGCUAUAGGAAAUGUGUCAUGUUGCUGAAGGAUGUAUAUAUAUAUGCUUGUUUUUUUUUCACUUGUGGGUACAGUUCAUUUUAAUUUCACCUGUUCGAUGAGCUUUGGCCCAGGCCGUCUCAGACUGGUGCCACACGAACGGAUCCAAUUCUAGCUCCAAACUUAAGCCAGAUGCCUUGGCAGGGCUUUUGAAGGGCUGUUGUGAUGAUAAAAGGUUACAUACUUUACUGUGUUUUUGAAGUUUGUAACACUGCUCCAUUCCCACUUCAAAGUUUUCGUCUGUGUUCCUUUUCCCCUUCCUGUGCUGAUAGACGGGGUUAAUUUGCGAAUAAGAUCUCCCAUACAGUUCUUGUACAGCAUGCCGACCCCUGAGGACUGACAACACAUCAGACAGACCGCAAACCUGAUAGGGGAGUAAGGCAGGAAGACGGAUAGAAUCUCACCUGGUAGUGAUUGUGAAGCCCUGUAGCUGAGCAGCGACUGGGGAAAGGUGGGGUAAUUUAAAGGGGUGGGGUUAUUGGGUAUCCUAUGGUGAACCUUGGUCCCUGUGGACUUUCUCACAUUUUAAACAUAGAUUUACAACAAGAAACAGCUGGAACUGGUUGUGGUAAAGUGCCUUGUGAGCCCCAUGCCCUGAUCCCCAACAUCUAAAUCAUGUGUGUAGCAAUGCUGCUAGACAAGCAGGCCAACUGAGGAUGUAGAAAAGUCAUGGUGUUUGAUUCCCCUCCAGCGUCAUGGAAACUGAGAGCUUCUCAACUGGUGAUGUGGCUCUACAUGUUAUUAAGCUUCAUUGAAUUAGUGCAUCAAACUAGGCACUUGUUGACCAAUCUCCUGCUUAUGUGCUCACUAGUAGGUAUAAUUCAUGUUGUUUACCUUUUUGUAUAUAGAUUAUAUCAUUAGACUCUACACCAGAGACUUUUAAAUAAAGAUAUACUCCACAUUAA